GGUGGCAGGACACAGUGCAUCCAAGAAGUCUGCCCCAUUCUGUCAUGUCCCCAGCACCUCAGUCACAUUCCUGCUGGACAGUGUUGCCCCAAAUGCUUAGGACAGAGGAAAGUGUUUGACCUCCCAUUUGGAAGCUGCCUCUUUCACAGCAACGUGUAUGAUAAUGGGUCCUCAUUUACUUAUGACAACUGCACAAUGUGUACAUGCAAGGAUUCAACAAUGAUAUGUAAGAAGAGGUGCUUACUUCCUGGUGAACGCAAUAAAAACAAAGACCACUGCUGCAAGGAAUGUGUCUCAUAUGUUCCUCCUGAGGAAAUGAAAGUGUGCAAGUUUGGCAAUAAGAUAUUCCAGGAUGGAGAGAUGUGGUCCUCUGUGAACUGCACCAUCUGUGCUUGUGUGAAAGGCAAGACAGAGUGUCGCAAGAAACAGUGCAUUCCAGUCAGCAGCUGUCCUCAUGGUAAAAUCCUGAACAGAAAAGGAUGCUGUCCUAUUUGCACUGAAAAGCCUGGAGUUUGCACUGUAUUUGGAGACCCUCACUACAACACUUUUGAUGGACGGACAUUUAACUUUCAGGGAACAUGUCAGUACGUUUUGACAAAAGACUGCUCCUCCUCUGCCUCACCCUUUCAGGUGCUGGUAAAAAACGAUGCCCGUCGGACCCGUUCUUUCUCCUGGACAAAGUCAGUGGACCUUGUGUUGGGCAGAAGCACUAUCAGCCUUCAGCAGCACCUCACAGUGAAGUGGAAUGGGACCCGCAUCUCACUACCUUGCAAGACACCGCAAUUUCAGAUCGAUUUGGAUGGUUAUUUGCUGAAAGUGACAACCAAAGCAGGCUUGGAAAUCUCAUGGGAUGGAGACAGUUUUGUGGAAGUCAUGGCUGCUCCACAUCUGAAAGGCAAACUCUGUGGUCUGUGUGGCAAUUACAAUGGGCACAAGCGAGAUGACUUGAUUGGUGGGGAUGGGAAUUUUAAGUUUGAUGUGGACGACUUUGCUGAAUCCUGGCGCGUGGAGUCCAACGAGUUCUGCAGCCGCCCGCAGAGAAAACCUGUGCCUGAGCUUUGUCAUGGGACGGUCAGGGUGAAACUCCGAGCUCACCGGGAAUGCCAGAAACUCAAAGCAUGGGAGUUUCAGAGCUGUCAUUCAACAGUGGAUUAUACCACAUUUUACCGGUCCUGUGUGACAGACAUGUGCGAGUGCCCAGUCCAUAAAAACUGCUACUGCGAGUCAUUCCUGGCAUAUGCCCGAGCCUGUCAGAGGGAAGGGCUGAAAGUCCAGUGGGUACCAGAGCAGAACUGUGCAGCAACCCAGUGUAAACACGGUGCAGUUUAUGAUACCUGUGGUCCAGGAUGUGUCAAAACAUGUGACAACUGGAAUGAGAUUGGCCCAUGCAACAAGCCCUGUGUUGCAGGGUGCCACUGUCCAGCAAAUUUAGUUCUUCACAAAGGAAGAUGCAUCAAGCCAGUCCUGUGCCCACAGCGAUGACAUUAGUUCUCUUUCUGUGGACACUAAUGUGGGUGGUCACUGACCCCUUUGAUGCUCGAAGCCAGUGAAGGACUCCAGCUAUUUGUGUGCAGAUUCUGCAAAGUACCUGUCUACUCACAGAAUGUAAAUAUGAUCCUGUGUGUAUUUAUGUGUGUUUAUGUAUACACACAUGGCACCUAGAAAGAUAUAUAAAUGUAUACUGUGUGUAUGUAGACACACAUAUCUAUACACAAGUGCCCUAAACGUAAGUACAACCCAUAUAUUUAUAUAUGUUCACACACACAAAUAUACAUCAUUUCUAUAUAUCAUAGAAGGAUGAAUUGUUAUAUGUAUAUUUUUUGCUAUAAAGUUUAUGUAUUAUUAUUUUUAGGACCCUGAUCUGUAAGUCAUUGUAUAAAUAAACCAGGUGUUUUUAAUAUAA